AUAGGGCGAGCUGUGUUGCCUCUGGUCAGGGGAAUAUCGCUUUGGCUUGACUACACUUCCUUUGACCUCCAAGCCGUCAAAAUAACUCGUCAUGGUAGACGAUGAGCCGAGAAUUCAGGAGGUCUCAAAUACUCCCCCUGAGAACGUCGAAUACUCAGCAGCUGGCCAGGCUAUCGGGGAAAACCACUUGAUUAUGCAGAUGAUUUAUCGUCACAUGCGUCGGUAUGGGACUCGAGCACUACUCGACGGGAUGUUACUCUGCAAGAAUACUUUCUGGCCGAUAGCUGGUAUUCUAUACCACUACGCCCGCUCUGACCUCCCGGAGGACGUUUACAAGCAGGGUUGUCCUUUGAAGCGUUUCGUCAAGUACUCAGAGCUGACCAAGAUCGUUUGGAAUUUCGCCGACAGGAUAAGCACACCAUACGAUCUUGAUCUCGUUGAGACAUGGCAGGGCCAGUUGCCAAAUCUCCAGGCUAUAAGGUUCUACAGUGCCGCUUACCGCCAUAAUAUCCAGCUGGAGAUACAGUUCGAUUGCAUUAACCACGGAGUCAUCUUGGAGCAUCCAGCCGAUGCAAUACACUACGAACCGACUGCUCUCGAAAUCGCAGACGGUGACGACGACAUUCUCCACUGGAUCGAACCGGAAUACCCUCGCCAGUCUGGGUGCCUUCACGAACACUCUAAUCCGCUCAAUGCGUGUCCGGUCCUAUGCGGAAUAGAGGUGCGACCUUCACGUCACGCUGAAGUCGGUCCAAAGAUCGCGCGGCAGUUGAGAUUCGCUAUGACCCAGAUGGCGGAUCCCGCGUCGGGACUAACGAUCCCUCAUGAAUGGAUAUGUCUGCGAGCCCUGACCUUGCUCUGGACCCAUACCCCAGACAAUUCCGGGAUAGAGCUAGGGGAGUUGGAGCACAUCCUCAAGCAUUGUCCAGAGCUAAAGAUAGUACGCUGCCGCCUCAUGGGCGAGGAAGCGCAAGAGGCGGAUGAGAGUCGCCUGGUCCGAGCAUUCGCUCCUGCCAAACAUCUUAAAGAGGUGCAUCUCGACACUUGCGGACCCAUAUUGCCGUAUCUCAAAGUGCUCAGGCAGUUCGAAGAGGCUACAUUGGUCUGUAGUCCUCGACUCUCGCUUCUGGACGUAGAGUACUUACGCAAAGUCGACGGGGCGGAUCGAGACCGCUCGGCUUUACGACAUUUCACGUUCGGCGCACAUCCACUGCUUAAGAUAGUCUCGCAAGAAACCUCACAUCGUGGGAGCUGCCCCACCACGGCGGCUUUGAUACAGCGGAUGCUCCCUCGAAGGUGUGUCGUAAACUUUACGAUCGUACACUACGGCUCGGCGGAUCCGAUUAAGGGCAGCGAAAUUCUCUGGUGGGAAUGGUACUGCUCAGAAGUGAGAUCCCUCAUCAAGGCGGCCUCUAUCUCGACUGGCGUUCGGGACUAUGUUCCUAUGACGGCGGAACAACUGGCGGAGGCGAUGAAGCAGAAAUAAUGAGCGAAUCGACUGGACUUUCGCGGCGGAGCUCACAAGUGUCAGCUCGCCGUGAUUCAAUACGAUGAACACACGAAACCAGACCGACCGCUCACAACCACAAACA